AUGUCUGAGGCUAACAACAAUUUCGCUACUACCGUUUUACCUAAAGACGACCAUGCCGAGGGCAAGCAACACAGCCAAGGUCAACCUGGUAUCCACCUUCCUAAGAAUGCCGAUGAUAUCAAGGAAUUCUCGCAGGUUCGCAAUGUCGAUGCCAAGGCUUUGAACGAGCAGAUUGCCAAGGCCGAACAAGAGGCCAAGGACAAGGUCAAUGAGCUCUCCAAAUAA